AUGUUCCCACCCGACAAGAGCAAAAAGGAGAAAAAGCCAAACCAGUUCAUCUGCCAUAGAAGAUUAGGAAUCUACAAGAAAAAAAUGUACCGGCACCGGCACCAGUUGAUUUACGUGUCCCUGUCUGGCCGCAUUUACACCAACACGAACUACAAAGACGCAGUGCAGGUGGACAACCGCAUUCUGAGCGAGCUGAACAUUUCAAAGACGGGCGCCAAGUCGAGCAUACACGACGUGAACCUCCUGUACAGCAGCGUCAAUGAGCUGGUGAACCUCGGCGACGGAGCCCAUUUGGAUGAAAAGACGUUCGAGUAUUAUUGCAUCCCGAGAUCCAUCAUAAGCGAGUACAACCGGCUAGGCAUCUACGAGCUGUACAAGGAGCAGGCGGACUGCUUGAGGAACAUCCUUCAGAACGAGCAAGUCGAAAACAGUGUGCAACGUAAGGUGGAGGAGAAGACGCCGGGGGAGAGAACGCCGGGGGAGAGAACGCCUGGGGAGGGAACCCCUGAGAAGGGACAUCCCCCAAACGUAGACUCCUUUUUCGACGCGGAGUUCUUCACCCCCCUGGAGGAGUUGAAGCACAGGGGUGAGGAAAAGGGAGGAAGCGAAGCAUCCCCACGGAGCAGACCACCAAAUGGGCGAGCAUCAUCCCCACAGAGCAGACCACCAAAUGGACGAGAAACACCCCAACAGAGCAGACCACCAAAUGCGCACCCCCGUGACGACAAAUGGGACGUACUCUACGCGAACCCCCCCACACGGAACAACUUCUUUUACAAAAACUUCCUUUUCAACAUCCCAACGGGGAUGGGAAAGACCAUCAUAUACGACAUCCAAAUCAUCCGACUGGUCCUUUACAAAGGGUACAGAGCUAUAUUAACCCUCCCCACGGUGUCCCUCAUAAAUGAAAAAAAUGACUACUACGAGAAGCUGCUCGGAGAAAACACAGUGUCUCUGAAUAUAAAAAAAUUUAACAGCUCCAAUUUUACUGGGUACUCGUACAGCCUCUCCACCGACAUUGCCCUCUGCACGUAUGAACAGGCCAACAUCAUCCUCAACAUUAUUAUAAAAAAUAAUUUAAAGUGCAACUACAUUUUCAUCAUCGACGAAAUUCACUACAUUAAUGACACGCAGAGGGGGUUUUUCAUCGAGUCUUUGCUCACGAAAAUUAAGUACAUCCAGCGGAACUGCGAGAGCGUCUUUAACAUCCGCGCCUACGGCUUCUCCGCGACGCUGUCGAAUGUGGACCAGAUCGGCGAAUGGCUGGACGCCAAGGUGCACGUGAGCAAGGAGAAGCUGCAAAAGAUCAAGUACCUGUACAAGAUAGAGAACGCGAUAUACAAAGACAUUCACAAGAAGGAGUUGGAGAGGACGCUGGGAGCGCCGUUCUACCUGGACCCGGACCACCUGGUGUACCUGCUGAGCGAGGAACUCAUUCUGCAGAGAAACGUGCUGAUCUUUUGCCCGACGAAGAAGAAGAGCGAACAGGUGGCGUCCUUCAUAAGCAACAUUCUGCCGUACUACUUGAAAAACAGGAAUUACAAGGUGAAGAGGGAGGUGGUCGAAAGGAGGGUGAAGCUCGUGGGCGAACUGAAGGAGCUGAGCGUAAAGAUUCCGGACGUGGAUAAGUUAAUCCUCAGUGGGAUUUUCUAUCACCACUCGGAGCUGGAGAAGAGCGAGAAAGAAAUAGUGGAGGGUGCGUUUAGGAGCAACACCCUCUUCUGCCUGUGCUGCACGACGACGCUGUCCGUGGGGGUGAACUUCAACGUGCACACGGUCAUAAUUCGGAGCAUACGGCUGGGCAAUGCGUUUCUGACGAAGGACCAGAUCGUGCAGAUAGCGGGCCGCUGCGGCCGCGUGAAGAAGGCGCGCGGUGUGAGCGCCGAGGCAGCCGUACAUGACUACGACCUGGACUGCGACGGGAAGGUGGUGAUCUUCCUGACGGCGUGCGACAAGGCAUACAUGGAAAAGAUCCUCAAGGACGACGUGGACGCGUGCAAGCUGAAGACGAAGCUGCACAACUUCCAGCUCUGCAAGUUCAUCCUGGAGUUCAUCGAGCUGAACCUGAUCAAGACGAAGAAGGAGAUGGUGGACUUCCUCUUCCUCUACACCCUCAAAGAACUAAUCAUGCAGGAGGUGAAGCAGACCUUCCAGUACCUCUUCGAAAACAAGCUGAUCAUCAUCCCGCACGAGAAGGAGCAGUGCUAUUACUACUACCUCUUCGCCAAAAUCUACAACGUCAAUCUGUAUCAGAUGGAGCAGCUCUUCGACUUCCACUUCCUCUGCCAGUACAUUAACGUGGAGACGCUAAUAAAAUGUAAUUUACAGCAAAAAAUAGAUUUAUUUAAAAAAUUGCACAGAAAUUAUAAAGUGAAGGAAUUCAUCAGUGAGAGAAGAAAACCAAAGGCCUUUUUCUCUCUUCCCUUUUUAACCAUUUUAUUAAUUUUUAAGGAUACUCAGUUGAAUACAAAUCUGUUUGAACAUUUGUUUGUGCAGUUGGUGAAAUAUUUAUUUCUUGUAAAUAUUAAUAGCAAGCAACUGGAUUUUUACGUUUAUGACAUUUUGAGGGACGACGACGUGAUUGCCUGCACGGAGGUCUCUCCGUACGUGCACCCCAUUUGCAACGCCCUGGACUUCAUUUUCAACUUCUCCUUCAUUCAGUACGUGUACGUCAAAGGCUUCCCCACGGACGUCCUGCUGAUGAUUUUCGUCUUCUGCAUCAACUCGGAAAUUUCGCUCAAAAUCCACUUUGACGUCUACGAGGAGGUCCUCACGUCUAGCAGUGGCCCCGAGGGCGGGGGCGUGCGCAAGAUCUUCCACUACUUUGACCUGAGCAUGGACAAGCUGAGGCGCUUCAAGGCUUGCCGGAACGACGACCUGUGCGCCGAGUGCGCCAAGAACGUGCUGCGCGGAGAGUAA